UCUAUUUCUCUCUAUUUCUCUAAUUCUGUCUCACCCUUUUUCUGUUAAUUCCCAGGUCAGCCGAUAAAGCGUGCAAAAUGCCCAACCGUCUAUAAGAGAAACACCCACGACAAAAUGGAAUGUAGCAAUCUUCAUUUUGAUGGAGAAGUUUCAUCAUUAAAUUUUUUCCCCACCAGGGUUCUCAAUUUUGCCUGCCAUGGAUCCCUGGAUUCACAGGUUCAGGCAUCGCCUCCUCGCAUGGUUUUACCGAUCUCGUUCUGGCGUUUUUCCUACACGGAAAUAAAACGGGCAACUGGUGGGUUCAACAGAGUUGUCUACACCAAUCCUCGGAGUGCUGCUUAUAAUGCUAAAUUUCAAGAUGGCAGAGUUACAUUGGUAAAAGAAAUGAGAGCUUUGAAUGACAAUGUCUUCAACACAGAAGUGCAGCUCCUUGGACGCUUGCACCAUCGCCAUCUUCUUACAUUGAGAGGCUUCUCCACGGGCCAUAAGAGAUUGCUCGUGUUUGACGAGAUUGGAAAUGGAAGUUUGAGGGAUCUUCUUAAUGAUCCUCUCAGGACUCCCUUGAAUUGGAGGAUGAGGCUACAAAUAGCCGCAGGUGUGGCUGCUGCGCUGGAAUACUUGCUUCUUUUCACCGAUCCCCCAAUGUGUCACGUGUCGAUUAGCUCGAGCACUAUUAUGUUAGACGAAAAUUUCACUGCAAAGAUAUCUGAUGUUGGCUUUCUCUGCUCCCCCAUAAACAACGUUGGUUAUCCGGAUGCAACAAAGUCAGAUGAUUUUAUGGAUCAGAAAUGUGGAAACAUUAUUUACCAGCUUGGAGUCCUGAUCCUGGAGCUGAUAACCGGACAAUCGUCGGAUGGAACAGGAGCUGAUCUUAUAAAGUGGAUCCAAGGGGCAAACUUUGCAAGGUCAAUGAACAAGAUGAUCGACCCUGAUCUUGGAAAUAGUUUUGACUACAAAGAUGUGAGAAACCUUCUAUCAAUAGCAAAGUUGUGUAUAAAGUCCAGAGAAAAGCCAAGAUUCUCCAUUCCCCAGAUUUUCCGGUAUCUGCAGAGUAAAGUAGAUGUGACUAGCUACUAGUAUUUUCUUCACCCUUCUAUUUCCAAAAUUUCUUAUCCUCUCUCUCUCUCUUCUUUUAAUUUCUUUUCUUUUCCCUUUUGUGACCACCAUCAUCUUCCAGACUUGUUUUUAUAUCCACGUAAAUUAAUUAUUUUAUUAGGAAAAAACUCUAUUGUUUUGUUCCUUCUUUCUUCAUAAGUUUGUAUAAGAUGACUUUUUCUUUUUCUUUCUUUCUUUGGAGCUGCACCUUGUGUCCUAUUCCCGUAAACACGUCAUAUUCUUGUAAUGGACAAUGGAAGUACAUACUAGAUUAUUUAUACCAUAUACAGCCGUUUCUAUACGACAAA